CACUGGAUAUACUUUUAUGGAUAUUUCUUAGGGUUUAUCAUGUCUGGGGCGAGCGUUCUCGGCGUCCUGGGGCACGGCUGCGCCCACAUUCUCCCACCGAUUGCCGCUCCAUCCGCGAGGAUCCACAACAGGGCGCUCGGAUUCUCCGUCAGGUCGAGCCGCAGCGUCGCGUCGCCGAUGGCAAAUCUUGGGGGAUGGCUGUCCAAGCUGGGAGUAGGGCGCGCGACUGCCAGGGUUCGCGAUCCGGAAGGCGCCAAGAUCGCGCAGGGGCCGGACGACGACGCGCCUGCGCCCGGGCAAGAAUUCGCGCAAUUUGGCGCCGGAUGCUUCUGGGGUGUGGAGCUCGCAUUCCAGAGAAUCCCGGGCGUGACGAAAACAGAGGUAGGCUAUUCCCAGGGCACUGUGCACAAUCCCUCGUACGAGGACGUUUGCAAUGGCGAUACCGGGCACUCGGAGGUGGUGAGAGUGCAAUACAAUCCAAAGGAGACGAGCUUCUCCUCGCUGCUGGAUGUUUUCUGGGACCGCCACGAUCCGACCACUUUGAAUCGUCAGGGGAACGAUGUUGGCACCCAGUACAGGUCGGGAAUCUACUUCUACCACCCGGAACAGGAGAAAGCCGCCCGAGAGUCCAUGCAAAAGCACGAGGAAAAGAUCAAGAGGAAGAUCGUGACGGAAAUCUUGCCAGCUACAAAGUUUUAUCGCGCCGAAGAGUACCACCAGCAAUACUUGGCCAAGGGUGGCAGAUCUGGCUUCAGGCAGUCAGCUGAAAAGGGCUGCAACGAUCCUAUCCGCUGCUAUGGUUAGACAGGUACGCCUGUCGCAUUGCCUGUGUACUACUACUCUCGUUUUUCUUCCCUUUUGCUAGCUCAGGAGCUGUAGAUGAUGAAAAGCUGGAAGAAAGCGGCGUCGGCUCUUCCUGUAAAUAACACACGCUGCUGCCACCCUCGCGCUGUGCAGUUGCUGGAACUUAAAAAGAAAUGGGACUUCCCUUUCUCUCCUGAAAAGAGAUUUCUCUCA